AUGAUUGUGGACUUCAGGAAGAACACUGUCCCCCCGCCCCCACCCUCCGUGAUGGACUCCUCCAUCACCUCUGUGGAGUCCUUCCGUUUCCUGGGCACCACCAUCACCCAGGACCUCAAGUGGGAGCCGACCAUCAGCUCCCUCAUCAAGAAGGCCCAGCAGAGGAUGUACUUCCUGCGGCAGCUCAGGAAAGCCAAGCUGCCUGCACAGAUGUUGGUGCAGUUCUACACGGCCAUCAUCGAGUCCAUCCUCACCUCCUCCGUCACCGUGUGGUUCGCUGGAGCCACAGUCAGGGACAAACAGAGACUACAGCGCAUUGUGCGCUCUGCAGAGGAAGUGAUCGGCCGCAGCCUUCCAUCGCUGCAGGACCUCUCUGCGCGGCUACAGCCUCCUCCAGAGAUCAAAGCUGUCUCACCUCCGUCACUGGGUCUCCGAUUGCGUCAGAGGGAUGGACGUGUAAAGGUGAACCUGUCCCGCUGCAGCGAAGCGCGACACGCGAAAACGACGCGCGGUGGAAUUAUAUCUCCGAGUGACCAGAGCAGACUGAGAGCUGAGCACAGAGCAGACACCAUGAGUGAAGACAAACCAGCAGAGACCAUGGAUCCAGGGGCCGUCGAGCUCCACGCCAUCCCCAACGGCAAGGGCCACGAGGGGGACGACGUCUCAGGGACAGGCAAGGACGAUGGAGACAAAGAAGCAGCGGUGGCCAACAGCGCGAGUUCAAACAAAGUCGAAAAUGCUGCUUCCAACCUCCCCGAGAGCCAGGAGUUUCUGGCCGUCGACGACAAGAAGACGCCGCGAUUCACAGACUUUGAAGGGAAGACCUCUUUCGGGAUGUCCGUAUUCAACUUGGGGAACGCCAUUAUGGGGAGUGGGAUCCUGGGACUGGCUUAUGCCAUGGCCAACGCUGGAGUCGUCACGUUUUUAGUACUUCUCACUGUGGUCGCGGUGCUGUCUUCAUACUCCAUUCAUCUGCUGCUCAAGUGUUCUGGGAUCGUAGGUAUUCGAGCCUACGAGCAGCUGGGCUUCAGAGCAUUCGGGACUCCGGGGAAAAUGGCGGCCGGAAUCGCCAUCACACUGCAAAACAUUGGAGCCAUGUCCAGUUACCUGUACAUAGUGAAGUACGAGUUUCCACUGGUGAUCCAGGCCUUCCUGAAGGUGGACAAGCCCGCGGGAGAAUGGUACUUGAAUGGAAACUAUCUAGUGGUGAUUGUGUCCAUCGCUGUGAUCUUACCUCUGGCCCUGAUGAAGCAGCUGGGAUAUCUGGGAUACACCAGCGGCUUCUCGUUGUGUUGUAUGGUCUUCUUCCUCGUCGCGGUCAUUUAUAAGAAGUUCAACCUGCCGUGUCCUUUCACUGAGUUCUCCUUUAACGGCACGGCUCACACUCCCAUUCUAAACACGACCGACUCAGGAGACGACGACGCCUGUGUCCCCAAGAUGGCCAACCUAAACUCCCAGACGGCCUACACCAUUCCCAUCUUGGCGUUUGCGUUCGUGUGUCACCCUGAGGUGCUACCGAUCUACACAGAGCUGCGCAAUCCCACAAAGAAGAAGAUGCAGCACGUGGCCAACAUCUCCAUCGCCGUCAUGUACAUCAUGUACUUCCUGGCCGCUCUGUUCGGAUACCUCACCUUCUACGGGGAAGUGGAGGCUGAGCUGCUCCACACCUACAGCCGCAUCGACCCGUACGACACGCUCAUCCUGUGUGUGCGUGUGGCCGUGCUCACAGCCGUCACUCUGACCGUCCCCAUCGUGCUCUUCCCGGUGCGGAGAGCGAUCCAGCAGAUGAUGUUUCCCAAUAAGACGUUUAACUGGCCUCGACACAUCGCCAUCGCAUUAGUGCUGCUCACCUGCAUUAACCUCCUCGUCAUCUUUGCACCAAACAUCCUGGGCAUCUUUGGAGUCAUAGGUGCCACCUCUGCCCCGUGUCUCAUAUUUAUAUUUCCGGCUGUUUUUUAUAUUCGUAUUGUUCCCAAAGAAGACGAGCCUCUCCGCUCACCGCCCAAAAUACUGGCUGCUUGCUUCGCGGCGCUGGGCUUCCUCUUCAUGAUUAUGAGUUUGAGCUUCAUCAUCAUCGACUGGACUUCAGGGUCGAGCAAGGCCAGCAGCGCGCACUAG